UCCGAGGCGCGCGCGCGCACCGAGCCGUCAAGCUAUUUCUAAUUUUACCCGCCUUGUUAAACUGAUAAUUCCGUGUUUGAGCGUCGUUAUUUUUCGUUAAUCAAAAGUUUCGCUGUACAAACUUCUAAAAAGUCAAUUUUUGCGCGAAACGAAUAGCUGUGUUUGUCGUAUACUCAUACGAGGACAUUCAAACGGAAGGCGCGAGCCGGUUUGACGUGUGUGUGAUCAGCGCGAGACAGAGUUGCACGCUUUAAUUUUGGAUUUAUUAUAUUUUAUAAGCUUGCAAAAUAAUUUUAUUCGAUCCUAAAAUACUGAACUGGUAAUAAAGGAACAUCUGCACUCGCAUUUUUAAAGUAAAAGUCUGUGUUUCGUAUUGCACUCUGUUGGAAAUAUCAAUCAUGGCGCAAUUUCACGACGAUCCGGCGUCGCUCACGAAAGAGAAACUCAAGAGUGAGUUAAUGGCCAAUAAGGUUCCUCUGCCCAGCGCUGACAGCAAGAAAGACGUGUAUGUUCAGCUGUAUCUGAAGAACCUGACCGUGCUCAACAAGAAGAAUACCCUUCCUGUGGACACUUUCUCCAGCGAUGAGGACACCGCGCCGGUGCUGUCCAACAGGAGCCGUUCUGGGAAGAAAGCCACAAGAAAGACGGACAGAGUUCGGGCUGACGAGAAGGAUUUUGCGGGUUUGACUGAUGAAGAAUUGAAGGUGCAGCUUAUGAAAUAUGGUGUCAAACCCGGGCCAAUUAUUGCAUCAACGCGUAAAGUGUAUGAGAAGAAACUUCAGCAUCUCCAGGAUCAGCCUCCAGGGCCCGAACCAGAGACCACUUUCCCAGAGGCCGUCACCAUCAAGCCAGAUGGAAACCAAAAUGGAAACACACAUUCGGCAGAAGAUCAGUACAGCGACAAAGAAGAAGUCGAUCCAAUCCCAGAACCUGUUCCCGUUGCAACUAAGCCGGUUCGGAGCAGAGGAAAAACUCCUGUUACCACCAGGACCAGCAGCAGACAGCGCACCAAACAGGUGGAGGAAACCGCAUCCGUUGAUGUUCAGGAAACAACUUUGGACAGAGGAGAUAUUUUAAAGGAGAUGUUCCCUAAUGAAUCUGCCACGCCCACUGGCAUAAUGGCCACAUGUCGGAGACCGAUCCGCGGUGCGGCUGAACGUCCUGUGAAUCCGUUGAAUCUCUGGUCUGAGGAAUCCCUCCUGCAGCCGAACGUUUACACAGUGACCAAAUCCACCGUCACAGACGUUUGCAGCUCAGCACCUGCGGCUCGUCCUCAGCCCCGCUGUUCCUUCUCCUUCUGGUUGAAGCUUCUUGUGUUCCUCACACUGGCGGUGUCACUGUACUACGCCUUCCAGAACGUCACGGCGGAUCAGAUCGGUGUCUGCCAGCUCUUUGUCCAGGACAAUGUCAUCACUCCCAUCAUCAAUUAUAUUAGUUGGGAAAGCAACGGGAAAUAAGCGUCCCCUUCUGUCGACUUGUGCUUCAGCAUGCAUCUACUGUCAGACUGAAUUUUCUAGUCCUGUUUUGCUGGUCCUUUAAGGAGCAAAACAUCGUCGGUGGGGGUUUGGGGGGGGGGGUGCAGUUUGACUUUGCAGUCAUGUCUAAAUAGACUCGUGUUUUAAGUAGUCUUUAAACUCUGUGCAUCGUGUUUCAAUCUUGCUUUCUGAUUUUACUGCUUUGUAGCAUACGAAAGGUCUUAAAUUGAUGUAGUGUUUUAUAAUUGAUACCAGUAAAUCAUUUGCCACAUACACCAGCGUUUAGUGGCAUGCCUGUUCAAAAUGUGAAAAUGAGUUUUUGUUGUUCUAAGCUUUCAGUAAGUGCCAACAUAUGGGCCACACAAGCACUAUUUGGUUUCACACAUCCAGGCUGGAAGGGAAAACCUGAAGGUGGAUGUUUGCAAUAAUGGUUUAAAUUACAUUUGCAGCUUUUUUUCUGAAUUAAUUUGCCAUUUGUUUAUUUCCGCUAAAGCUAACAAUUUAGGGUUGCUAAUCAUGAAUAAUAUAAUAAGUCAUAAAUAAUAUUUUGCUUAAUGAAACCUAUAAUUAGGGCCAUUUAGGUUGUUUUUGAGCAUUUUCAUGACGAUUAAGUACAUUUUCUUCCACAAUAUUUUUACUACUGUAACGUGACCAUAAAAUCUCAAACAAAAUAUAGUAAUAAAAAUUAUCCUGAUGGACUAAAAUUUGUAAUAUAUAUUAUAAUAAGCAUAAAUGUAAUUUUGUAGAACAAGUACUGCCAUAUAUAUAUAUAUAUAUAUAUAUAUAUAUAUACACACACACACACACACACACACACACUUAUUUUUAUGCUUUACAGGUAUGAGGAUGAUUUUGUGAAUUAUAAUAAUUUUGGACGGAAAUGUGCUUAAAAUUCGCAAUCCAAAACCCUGAAUGGUCCUAAAAAUAUGAUUGAAAUUCUUUUGAAUCAAAUAUUUUCACUCUGUAGCACUUAAAUGAUUUGUAGCCACCAGCUCAGAUGAUGUUCGGUUUUAGUGUCGGGCAUAAAGAUAUUUAUUUUUAUUCAUAGCUAAAAAAAAAGUUUGUUUAUUCACCUGAAAGUCUCAUGUGGUAAAUGAAGCUUUAUUUCUGGUAAACGGCUUCUUUUUUUAUUUUGAUAUAUAGAUAAUGACUCUGUUCGUGUGUUUGAUGUUUUCAUAAUGUGAUGUGGCUGAUACGGUUUUAAACCCAUAAUGAGAAUUCAACCCACUGACAUUUACCUCUUAUUGACUGUAAUCAAUCUGUCUGGGAAAGCUCGAACAAUGGCUCUAAACUAUUUUUUUAUUUUAUUUUUUUGCUGUGAUUUUUAAACGAAAAAGUUGUCCAGAUGUAUUUAUUCACUGUGGACUCUCUUUGUUUCACAGAGAAAAACAUUUGUGUUUAUUUUCUGGUUUGUGGGGGUUUGUUUUUAUAUGUUACUAUCAGUUAAGUUACAUUUUAACUGCAAUAUUUUUCUAAGGUUUUCUCGAUGAUACACUUUUAUUUUUAAACAAAUUGGGUUUCUUUUAAAUGUACAUAUACUGGAUUCACAACUAACAUUUUAGUUUUGGUGUGCCCUGUUAAAAGGUGGUAAAUGGCAUAAAAUAAAGUCAAAUUUGCACUUUGUAUUUAGGCAGCUAACUGUGGAAAAUUGGUUAUUUGGAAUACAUUGAUUCAAUACAAUACUUGUGUGAAAUAAAAUACAAUUAA